GCGCUGUUUUAUUUUCGUUGUGUGUGUUGUUGUGGUUUAUUGGGGUUGUUGUUGUUGAUGACAAUGAACGAAGCAGACGAACAGUGGUGGCAGUGUGAUGUGUGAUGUGAUGACAACAACUUGCUCCUCCCCCCCCCCCAACUGAUAGACUGAUCCCUCUCCUCGCGUCCCCGCCUCCUCGCCUGCUCAAUUCAUCAGCCGACCUUUGCUGGGCAUGGCUGCGCUGCCGUUGGUGGGUGUGUUGUUGGCCAUCGCCGUCGUGGGGGCGUGUUGGGGAGAUGUGGUGGUGAUGGAGGACGAUAUUGGUGCGCUGCACAUCAACACCACUGACCCGCUCCUGCAGCCCGUGUACCUCAACGGGUUGGACGUGGCCGCAGCCUUACGCCGCCAGCAGAGCAUCCUGGAUCAGCAAGCAAGCACACUCGCUGUCCUACAGCAGCAACGCAGGCAGCUCAGGGCCACGCAGUGCCGACGACACCCACCGACGUUUGACUCCACCACCAUCACCACGCUUGGCACUGGCUUGUACAAGUGGGCUGGCGGCGUGCUUGCGCGAAACGGCCUCAUCUACGGCAUCCCGCACUCCGCGUCCUCCGUGCUUGUCAUCGACCCGGCCACCAACACCGCCAACGCCACAGCCAUCACGGGCCUGGGCAGUGCCGAGGCCAAGUGGGCCGGCGGCGUCGUGGCCGGCGAAGAAGGGCUCAUCUUCGCCUUUCCAAACAACGCAGCAUCCGUCCUCAUCAUCAACCCAGCAACCAACACCGCAGACACCACCACGCUCUCCAACACCCUGCCCGCCGGCAGCCACCGGUGGCGCAGCGGCGUCGUGGCGGACAACGGCCGCAUCUACGCGUGCCCGCGCGACGCAGACGCCGUCCUCAUCAUCGACCCCGCAACCAACAGCACAGACACGACCACCAUCUCCGGGCUGGGCCAGGAUUGCUGUAAGUGGUUUGGCGGCGCCGUCACCGAGACGGGUCUCAUCUACUGCCUGCCGUGGAGCAACAACUCUGUGCUUGUCAUCGACCCCUCCGCUGACACGGCGUCCCUGCUCACGCCUCCCGAGCUGGACGGGCCGAGCGAGUGGCUCGGGUAUGCGGUUGACGCCCACAGCGGCCGCAUCUUCGGGAUCCCGUACAGAGACGCAAGCAGCGUGCUCAUCCUCGACCCGGCGACCAACACCGCCGACACAACCACGCUGGGCGGCCUGGCCCUGGCCGGCAACUUCAACUGGGCCAGCGCCGUGUACUCGCCGGUGGGCCGCGUGAUUGGCGUCCCCUUUGGCGGGGACGCUGUGCUCGUCAUCGACACGGAGGAGAACGCACUUGUGCACGCGUCUUCCAACCCCGCAUGGCAAGGCAGCUCGGAGAAGUGGUUUGGCGGCGUCCUUGCUGCCAACGGCCUCAUCUACGCCAUCCCGCACAACGACCAAAGCGUCCUCAUCAUCGACCCAGGCUGCUGACCAGACACGUGUGUGUGUGUGUGUGUGUGUGUGUGUGUCUCUGUGUCUGUGUGUGUGUGUGUGUGUGUGUGUGUGUGUGUGUGUGUGUGUGUGCGUGUGUUUACGCGACUGUGUUUAUGUUUGCCUCUGUGUCCGUGUGAGUAUGUCUGUCCGUGUGUCUGUCUGUGGGUCUGUGUCCGUGUGUCUGUGUGUCUGUCUCUGUAUGUGUCUGUGCGUACGACAGAGUUGUUGGAUAGCCUCGGCGUGUUGCCAUGAUGUUACAUACAAAGGUCAAGCUGCC